GCUCAUGGAAGGACUCAACCUUUUGCAGUUCAUUUGGGCACCUUUUUCAGGUUGUUACUUGUCGAUGAUAAAGAAGAAGAAAUUGAGGCUUACUUUUCGAUCAAAUGUUCACUUAUAUGUCGAUAAUUGAAGUAAAGAACAUUCAGAGGACGAGAAAUUAAUCAGUGAGUUAACUAGCUAGCCAGGAACAAAGAUGGUAAGGAAGCCUUGUUGUUCGAAAGAGGGGCUCAACAGAGGAGCAUGGUCUCCUCGAGAAGACAAGAUUCUCACCGACUACAUCAAAGCUCAUGGCGAAGGCAAAUGGAGAGACCUCCCUAAAAACGCAGGGUUGAAGCGGUGUGGCAAGAGUUGCAGGCUCCGGUGGCUGAAUUACUUGAGGCCGGACAUCAAGAGAGGUAACAUCACAGAAGACGAAGAGAACCUAAUUGUCAAGCUCCACGCACUCCUUGGAAACCGAUGGUCGCUGAUUGCCGGUAGGUUGCCUGGGCGAACAGACAAUGAAAUCAAGAACUACUGGAACACGAAUUUAAGCAAGAAAACGAUGCCUCGGCUAUGCGACGACAGAAGGUGCUCGAACUCGAAGGGAAAUAAGGAGGCUGACAAAUUGGAUCCGGUGAACGAGCAACCGAGUCAUCGAGUGAUUCGAACCAAGGCCGUAAGGUGCACCAAGGUGUAUAAUUUGGCGAAGGACGACAACUGCUCUAGCUCAAAGCUAAUUGCUUGUAAUGAUGAGAUCAGGCCUUCGUGCCCAUGGCUGCUCCCUGAUGAUCAGGAUAUCGAUCCGUCCGGUUUCUUGGAAGACUUUGACAUGGAAGGAUUCAUGUCGGAUUUUCAAGAUGAUAGUUUCUUACAAUAUUGCAUCGAUGGCAAUAGCGGAGAUGAUCGUAUCGAUGGCGACUGGAACGUGAUGAUGGCCGGAGAGCUUGCACGGGAUCGUGCAGCUGGUUGAGGCAAACAAUGAAGUUUAAUGCUCGUCUUUUAUAUGAUACAUGCAAAUUCAUGAUAAUUGACAGAGAGUUUAAAUCACAAAGUUUAAUUGGGAUCAUAAUUUAAGCUAAUGUGGUCCUGAAUUUGUCAUUAAUU